AUGAAAGUAUCAUCAUUUGAUCCACGACCGGAAAUAUUUAAAUCUCAAUUUCAUGAAAUCAUAGUGGUUGGAUUGAUAUGUUUAGCGCAAUUACUCACCCAAGGUGGUAUAACCAUGUCAUUAUCUUCAAUGAAUAUAAUUUUAAAAUCCUUUAAUAGUAUUGAUUCAACUAAACAAGUCUGGUUUAUGGGAUCUUAUGCUUUAACAGUAGGAACAUUUAUUUUAAUAAGUGGGAAAUUAGGAGAUAUUUUUGGAUUAAAAUUAAUAUUUGUCAUUGGUUGGAUUUGGAUAACUAUAUUUUCAAUAAUAACAGGCAUUUCAAAUUAUGUAUCCAUUGAAUUUUUCAUCAUAUGUAGAGCAUUACAAGGAAUUGGAUUUGCAUUAUUGAUACCUUGUGGAAUGGGAAUAUUGGGACAUAUUUAUCCUAAUGGGAAACGUAAAAACUUUGCCUUUGGUUGUGUUGGUGCUAAUGGUCCAAUUGGUGCUUAUAUUGGUGCAAUAAUGAGUGCUGUUAUAUCUCAAUUAUGGUGGUGGCCAUGGAAUUUCUGGAUAUUAAGUAUAGUAAGUGCCGUACUUACCGUGGCAUCUUGGGUAUUUAUUCCAAAUGUGAAUAUUCGUGAUACAGUUGAUUUAUUUAAUAAAUUAGAUCCAUGGGGGUGUUUAACUGGGGUUUCAGGGUUGAUUUUAUUGAAUUUUGUAUGGAAUCAAGGUCCAAUUCAAGGAUGGAAUACAGUAUAUGUAAUUGUAUUGUUGAUUGUUGCUGUUUUAUUCAUUAUUGCAUUUUUCUUAUUGGAAUUACAUGUGUCCAAGUAUCCAUUAAUACCGAAACCAAUAUUCAAUAUUAAAAUCGGAAUGAUUCUUGCUUGUAUAAGUUGUGGAUGGGGAUCAUUUGGAGUUUGGCAAUACUAUUAUUGGAAUAUUAUAAUGAAUCUUCGACAGUACACUCCCAUUGAAGGUGGAUUGACGUAUACUCCAUUUUUAGUAUUGGGGGUGAUUGCCUCAUUGUUUGUUUCCUAUGUUAUUUCACAUACGAAACCAUCUUAUAUUAUAUGUUUUGCUACCAUUUGUUUUAUGAUAGGAGAUUUGAUGUUAGCUGUAACACCAAUCAAACAAUCUUUCUUUAGGUUAACUUUUGGGCAAAUGUUUAUCUUGUGCUGGGGUAUGGAUAUGUCAUUUCCUGCUGCUUCAAUAAUCCUCAGUGACAUAUUACCCAACCAUCAUCAAGGUAUGGCUGGCUCUUUGGUAUCCACGAUGAUUAAUUACUCUGUGAGUUUGUUCUUGGCAAUGUCAAGUUGUGUUGAGAUUGAAAUCAUGAAGCGUACUAAUGAUCAGUUGUUGAGUUAUAGAAGUGGGUUAUAUUUUGGUAUAGGAGUUGCUUGUCUUGGUGUCUUGUGUUCAGUGAUCUUUAUAUUUAUCCAAAAGGAUGAUGGUGCAGGCACGAAUGAUUUGAUCAAGCAACAAGAGUUUAUAGAUUCAAGUAAGGAAAGCUUAUAG